ACACGUGAGUGGCCUGGCCCAGUCCUGGCCUGCACAUAUGUGUUUGGGCUCCAAACCCAGAGUCCUGGUACACGGGGUCCCCGGGCCACACCCGCUCAUGAAGGCCCACUUCUGAGCCUGAAGCUCAGGAGCGCACCGGAGGCCUCCAGCCCCAAGCCUCCCUCUGGCCUUUGGAAGGAGCCCUCGGGUCACCCACCCUCUUCCUGGCCUGCGGGUCCAAGGCUGUUUCUGGGACAUGUGGACCCAUUGGAACGUGUGAGAUAGGCAGGCAGCCGAGUGUCCCCUGAUGGACCAAGAGCUCCCGUGUUUCCAGCAGGAGGAGCUGGCUCUUUGUGGCUCACAGUGAAGGUGGUUUCUGUGCCCUCAGGCACGUGGUCAGGAGCACUCAGUGCUCCGAGCACGGGUGAAGAGCCCUGUGAGCCCAGCCUCCCCAGUGCAGCUGGGAGACCAGCUGUGUCCAGAGCACACACGGGCUCCUGUCUAAGAGGUUUUGGGGGCCUGGCACUGCCCCAGCCCCAGAGCUCCCAGGAGGCGGGGAAGGGUGUUGGCUCCGCCCAGGCUGGCGCCACGGCCUCUGGUGCUGGGAGCUGCGCUCUAGCUGGUGGCUGUCUUCCCAGGCUGCAGAGGCCCUUCGGAAUGAGCCUUCACUCUCCUGCUCCCGCCUGCCCGGGGCACCUUCCCAGGCCCGGAGUCAUGCCUGUUGCCCCUACACACCCUGGGUCCCCCCCCCCAGGCUGUCCUCCAGUGCCCACCCCCACCUCCCCACUUUGGCCUGUUGCACAGGGGCCCUGAGGUCAGCCCUCUUCUGGGACUUUCCCUUCUUACCCCAGAGUAUUCUGUUUGCUGCAGUUUGGAGGACAAAGUGGUAGAAACGAAGCGUGUAGUCUUAGCAGCCAAUACCUCCCUCCCCCGGGCUCUGCCCACCACCAAGGCUGCUGUGCUGUGGUCACUAGAAGAGGGGCCUCCUGCUUCCUCCGAGUUCUGGUGGGGGCCCAGAAGGCUCUGACACCAGCCAUUCCCUCCAGGCGGAAGGCCACCUGGCACUGGGCUGCAUGUACCUUUGUCGUCCUAACCAGGAUGCAAACCUGCUAGACUGGCCUGGCAGGGGGCGGUGUCCACUCCUGGGCACAGCGCUCCUGCUUUCCGUCCCUUUUGACUUGGUUUGUGGACAAAUGUGGUAAAAAAAAAAAGCUGUGUCUUGGGUCACAGCAUUACUCAACAGGCACAGAAGUGUGCCAGAAACUGCUGGCUGAUCCCCAAGGGUUCCCCUAGGAGGGGCCUCCUGUGCCAGGAGUCAGGGGGGUCCCCAAGGACUAGGGGUCAGCUGGGGCCCCUCUGCACCCUUGCCCCUGGCGCCCUGUGGGGUCAGCCAUGGGGUGGGGCAAUUCCUCCUGCUGCCUGGGUGGUUUGCUUGGCCAGGUCCUAAGGGUAGGAGGGAGGAGGCCUCAGGGUGGGGGGGCAAUGCAGGAGGCCAGGGAGGAGGCUGAGCUUAAGUGUGUGGAUGCCAGCUGGCAGGCGAGUCCCUCGGGUGGUGCUUGUCGGGUUGGCAGGAGGAUGCAUGAGGAAGCAGCCCUCAGAGGGUCAGGUGGGCUGACUGGAAGGACACAGGUAAGCUGGAGCCUCAGGUGCACCCAGAGGAUGUGGUUCUAGGAAGACCUGUGGGCAGUGCCCCCCACCUCUCCUGGGGGUUGAAGAACCCCUGGAGGUUCCUCCGGACCUGAGCAUUGCUGGGUGUGGGUGGGACCGUCCCCCGUGAGCACUGGUCCACGCCUUGCCCCCCCCCGUUGGCCCCUCCUUGUCCCAGCCUCCGGGGGAUCCUGAGAGAAACAGGGGCCCUGUGCUGUGUGCUCUAGGGCCCCCCCCAGGCUUUCCAGGCCACUGUCUCCACUUGCCCAGGGGCCUAAGCGUGGGCUCCACCCCCUUCUCCACGAAGCACCAUCCCCCAAGGCCAGGGCAGCCCCAUCCUUGCCUUGGCCUUGGGUCCAGCAGGGCACUCAGAAGUGGCUCCCAGGCCCUUCUCCACCCUAGCUGCCCCACCGCAGGGCUGCCCGCCAAGGGCUCCUCCACUCUGGCCCCCGAGCUCCAGUGAAGCUCCAGCGGAAGCCCUGCCCCCACCCACUCAGCUUCAGAGCCCUACUAUGAGGUCAGCGCCUUCCGACGGGUUCCAUCCAGAGGUGUGCGGUGGGGCUGGGGGCUGGACAUGGCCCCCUGUCCCCAGCCUGACUCCUGCCUGGUCGGCAGCCCCCUUGGCCUGAUAUGUUUGUCCCUUUUGCUCAUCCCUGCUGCAGCUGGGACGUACUGCGAGUGCAGUCUCGGCCUCAGCCGCGAGGCCCUCAUCGCCCUGCUCGUGGUGCUGGCGGGCGUGGGCGCCAGCUGCUUCUGCGCCCUGGUCAUCGUGGCAGUUGGUGUCAUGAGAGCCAAGAGUGAACCAUGCCCCAGACACAUGAACAGCAGGUUGGUGGGGCGCUACGGGGUCCAGGAAGAUCGCAUGGAUCUGCACACCGUGCAAGUGGAGUCCCAUGUCAUGGACCCUGACCUGGAGGUCUCCAUGAUGCUGCCCCUGGAGGAGCAAGGCCUCAUGACCAUUCCCAUUGACCCGAUGGCUCCAAACGUGACAGUAGAGGAGCAGCCCCCUCUCACCCCCCCAACCUGAGCAGGGCUGCAGGCAGCCUGGGCGGGGGGGGAUUAAACAGUAUUGAGUGCUUCUGCCCUGUCCUCCCUGCGGGCUCCUCCUCGAGCUGCUGUGCAGCUGCGUCAUGGGGUGGGUAGGGGUGUGUGGGCGCCCAGGUCAUCUCCUUUAUCUGGGGUGGGGCGAGGAGGCCCAGUGCCUGCACAAGGCACCCACUGUCCACCCUCCAGGGCAGGGAGCCACAGCACUGGUAUUUCCACCGUGGCCUCAGCUUGGCUCCUCCCCGCAUCUUCCUGCUGCUUUGUCCCAUGAAGUUGGCACGGCCCCAGGGGCCCCUGUCCACCCCACCCCCACCCUGGGAAACCCCAGGACAAGAUGUGCAACUCUGAUGACUCCAGAGAGAGCCGUGUUUGACAGGAGAACUUGGGCUGGUGCCUGUGCCCUACCCACACUGUCUCCUUGAGAUUCUAGGACAGUCCUUAGAGGGCCAGGUGGGGCAGACAUGACCGUCCUCCUGCCUCGUACGCUCUCCACCCUCCAGCCUAUCCCCUGGGCUCAGGACCCCAUCAUGUGCUCCUGACCUCACCAAUCAUCCACUAUGGGGAUGGGACCAUCCCUAUAUGGGGGGGGGCACUGUGUGU